UCCACAACCAUACCAGCAGCCGGCGCUUCUGACUUUCCCAAGACACCAUUUAUUCAUUCAUCCAUUCUUACGUGCUGCAUCUCCAUCCCUGAUCCCUUCCCUUCGAAAUUCGAAUUUUCCUCCCUCUUUCCUACCUCAACCGUCGCUUUCCCUAUGAAUUUUCUACCUCAGCCUCAGACGUAUAGCUAAUUAAUUCACCCCUCCGAUCGAUGGUUGUCCGAUCCCAAACCCCCCAAUUCGCACCAUGAAUCCGAAUUUCUCGAUUCUCCCAAUUUUAAUCUUUCUCCUUCAGACAAUCACUCCCGCCGCCGCAUCCUCGGAGGAAUGUCCCCUGAAUUUCGACUACGUCUCGACAGUUCCAUGGAACGCUUCGGACUGCAGAAAUUCCCAAAACGCCACCCAAACGCGGUGCUGCCAAACCCUGCUCUCUCUCUACGGCAUCUCUCUCUCUUACCACCUCAAAAAAACCUCCGAUUUCCAUCUCCUCGAUUUGCCCACUUCCAUUUCUUGCCUCGACAGCUUCCAGUCCAACCUCGACUCCCUCGCCCUCCCCUCCAAUCUAACUUCCCUCUGCUUAAACCCUGCCCAAUUCGUGACAUCCCCAGACACCUGCGCCUCGAUUCGGACAUCCCAGGAUUGGGUCAAGAAGCUCGGUCCAUCCACCGCCGUCGACUCUUCUUGCAAGCCGGACCUCACUGUUCCGACAUCCUGCGACGCCUGCGUCGCCGCCGGAUUCGCUGUCCAGAAACAAUUGGUUGGUAUUGAUGGCAACCAGUCUCAUUCCCUUAACUGCUUUUACUUUACUGUUCUAUAUGCUGCUGGGAUUGUGAAUCAAUUUGGUCCUGAAAGUAAUGGCGCUCUUACAUGUAUAUUUGGUCUUCCCGUCAUUGCUCCUGCUCGAAAUGGAGCUUCCAAGAAUCGGCAUUUAGCCCUUGUUUUAGGUUUGAUCGCCGCCGGCGUGGCUAUUGUUUCGAUAUUUAGUUUGUUAGGAUUGUAUUUAUGGCGGUGUAAGAAAUGUGGUAGGGGUAGGAGAUGGGGUGGUUUGGAGGAAGGCCGGCGAUCGGAGUCGAGGCUAAGGAGGCGGCCGAGCACGGUUUCGAUAUGGUAUAAGUUUGAAGAGCUUGAGAAGGCGACCGAACGAUUUUCGGAUGCGAAUUUCAUCGGGAGGGGAGGAUUCGGGCUCGUUUAUAAGGGCGUAUUGAGCGACGGCACUGUCGUCGCCGUCAAGAAGAUAAUAGAGUCGGACAUCGAGGGAAAUGCCGAGUUUUGUAAUGAAGUGGAGAUCAUUAGUAAUUUGAAGCAUCGCAAUCUCGUCCCGCUCCGAGGUUGUUGUGUGACAACGGGGAACGACGAGAGCAAUCGGUACCUUGUGUACGAUUACAUGCCGAACGGAAACCUCGACCGACAUUUAUUCCCGGGUAGCGACGGAAGGCAUUCGACUUUAACGUGGCCGCAGAGGAAGAGUAUAAUCGUGGAUGUGGCGAAGGGAUUGGCAUAUCUACAUUACGGAGUGAAGCCGGCGAUUUAUCACCGCGACAUUAAGGCGACGAAUAUCCUUUUAGACGCGGAAAUGAGGGCGAGGGUUGCGGAUUUCGGGUUGGCGAAGCAAAGUCGGGAAGGGCAAUCGCAUCUCACGACUCGGGUUGCUGGGACGCACGGGUAUUUGGCGCCGGAGUACGCUCUAUACGGGCAAUUGACGGAGAAGAGCGACGUCUAUAGUUUUGGCGUCGUAGUGUUGGAGACGUUGUGCGGGAGGAAGGCGCUCGACCUCUCGUCGGGAUCUCCGAACGAGUUCUUGAUCACGGAUUGGGCGUGGUCGCUCGUGAGGGCCGGGAAAGCGGAGAAGGCGUUGGAUGCCUCGAUUUUGGACGGUGGAGAUUCGCCGAAAGGGGUGAUGGAGAGGUUCUUGUUAGUCGGGAUUUUGUGCGCGCACGUCAUGGUGGCGUUACGGCCGACGAUCGUCGAUGCCUUGAAGAUGUUGGAGGGGGAUAUCGAGGUGCCCGUCAUCCCGGAUAGGCCGACACCGUUAGGCCACCCGUCGUUUUUCAGGGGGGAUCGUAACACGUUUAGCAUUUCGCCGGCGUUGAGCGCGCUCCAGUUGAAUGUCGGAGACAUGCUCAGGUGAGGACAAUGCCGGGUUCAAAAUUCUUGUUGUGUCGUAUGUAUAUAAGCUGUUUGUUUGAACACGGCCGUGAUUUUGCAUCAGUAGAGCAGAACUCCCAGGUGUGUGUGAUUCUUGCGAUGUCCGAGUUAAGGAUGUUGUUUUAGGACAUUGGUUGGGGAGAGUUAGGACUUAGGAUUGGAUUUUGUUAUUGAACAUCUCUUGUGUUUUUUUUUUUUUUGCAUGUCUUCACAGAAUGUGAGAACAUAGGAAAAAAAAAAAAAAAAAAGUGAGAACAUUUUGUGUGUGUAUUUAGUCAAUAAAUUAUGUACCUGAGCAGGUGAUCUCAGGUGUCGGAGAUUUGAACCCAUUACUUUGAUGGUCAUAAAUCCAAUUUUACAUCACUAAGCCAUUCUUUACGGGAUUAAUGUACUUUUGUAUUUUGAUUGUUCUUAUAUAUGGGCUUACAUCAA